AUGUCGGCAAUCACCGAAGUGGAGCAAGGUCUCGGGGAGAGGAUCAACCCAGAAGACAUCCCGGGCAUCUUUCAAGAGAUCACCCUCAAUGCGGACAUUGUCAAAACUGACAAAUUUCAACUCACCUACCACACCCAAAGCUUCCAGCCGUUACUGGACGAGCCAGAAACUGACGGCGAUGACUUUAUGAGAUGGUCCAUAGCCGGAAGUCGUAUGUCCCACGACAAUCGGAGAGUCAGACUCGUCCUGGAAGACCCUAUGCCGCCCAUGUCGUCGGUCAAUGGUCAGUUCCCAGUAUACGAAGAGAGGAAUGGCAUGUCCGUGAUCGAUUUCAAGCUGCCUAGUUUGGAUGAGGGCAGUGAGCAAGGCGAAUAUCCCUACACUGUUCAGUCCGACAUUGUCCUUGCUCUUCCUCCCGAGAAAUAUACCAUCCCCACAGAUGUGACAUGUUUCUACAGUCAGCUCACCCCAUCCGAACGCGCCGCGAGAGAGGAAGCUCAACAAGGGUCAUGGAUCAAAGCUGUCGACUCGGUGUACGUCACGCAGGAAAAUCUCGAAAUCAUGACAGAUAUGCCAGUACUCAAGCCUCUUUUGGAUGAUAUUGACGGGUUGGCGCUCGAAGGUCUGGGGUCGGGGACCCUCGUUGUAGCCGACGGUCACAGGUUGAACGACUAUGACCUCGAGCAGGAGAACGGUCGAUUCCAGAUCUCGGACAAUAUCACCUUAACCCGCGUCGAUGAAGACGGCCUGCGCCAAGUCCAUACCACCCGAGCGACGUACACUCCUUACCAAGUCCCAGUCACAAGACCUGACGCAAGCGACGACUUCCACGAUGUGACAUGUGCGACCAGUGGACCGGAUACAAUCUCUCGGCUGACGAUGCUCGUGCCGCAGAGGGUAUCGCUGGAUGCGACGUUGGCUGCGGGAGAGCGAGAGCGAAGGAGGCGGUUGGAGGAGGAUGUUGCUGGUGGGAGUUGCGCUGCGGAUCUGCGUGGAGGUUGGUAA